UUCUUUUGUUUGACUUUACAGAGUGUCGAAAUAUGUAAGAAAUUGGAGAUGGGGAAGCUCCACAUGGGGAGCUUCAAAUUAUGCUAACGCAUAAUUUUAAGUUACUCCGGCCGGUGUGGAGUUUCCGACUGCCCAUGGACCUUCCGACUAUCCAUGGACCUUCCGACUAUCCAUGGACCUUCCGACUAUCCAUGGACCUUCCGACUAUCCAUGGCCCUUCCGACUAUCCAUGGACCUUCCGACUAUCCAUGGACCUUCCGACUGUCCAUGGACCUUCCGACUGUCCAUGGACCUUCCGACUGUCCAUGGACCUUCCGACUGUCCAUGGACCUUUCGACUGUCCAUGGACCUUCCGACUGUCCAUGGAC